UGCAUUGCUCUUUGUUCUGUCGGAUGGGGAUCCUUCCCUUACCUCUCCCUACUCCUCACAAGCCUCUCUCUCUCUCUCUCUCUCUCUCUCUCUCUGUGUCUCUCGAUCCAACUUACUUCCCUACUACUACUUGCCUUUCUCCAAUCCCCUCAGCACUAUGGACCCAAUUAAGAUAGAGAAGCUCCAAGCCAUGAAGAGAUACAGGAGGAAGCAGUCCCUCCCUACCUUCAUGCAAUCCUGUGUAACAGUUGUCAUGCUUGGUCUAUUCCUCUCAAUUCCCCAUUCGCUUCCCACCAUUUUCUCCUCCAUAAGGAAGUUCUUCUUGGUGUCUCUCCCAAGCGUUGGGGCCAUCAUCUGCAGGCCCAAGUGCUUGUUCAUAGUCUCCAACAUCAUCAUCAUCUUCCUAGUCGGCGAGUCGAAGCUCUCCAAAUCCCCGCCGACGCCUGAUACAUACGAAGAGUAUGUGGAAAGAAGGCGAAGUAUUCAAAAUCUAUCUAGUGGUGAAGUUAAGGUGGUGGAAAGUGUAAAGGAGGAGAUUGGGAAGGAAGGUAGUGCGAGGGAGGAGAGUGUGAGGGGCCCUUCGAUUGAAGAGACAAAGGAGGAAGUUGAAGAAGUGGAGCAGGAAAGAGAGAAAAGUGAUGGGGUUGAGGAGGAGGAGGUGGUGGUGGAGAUGGAGAAAGAGUGUGAGGAGUUGGAUGAAGAGGAAGAGACGGGCUUGCCUGCCGAGGAAUUGAACAGAAGGGUAGAGGACUUUAUUGCAAAGUUCAACAUGGAGAGGAGGCUCGAAGCAAGAACUAUAGUUUCUUAUGGGUGAGGAGAGAGAGUAAUAUAACAUUAAUGGUUCCAGGAUAGAGAGAACUUAGUGUAAUAAGUCCAGCCAAAUUGAGCAAACAAACCCUGGUCUUGUGAAAUCAUUUGUAGACAUUGAGCUCCCUAUUGACUACAAGCCAUAUGAGAUAAAAAGAGUUGGGGUUGUAAAGUUUCUCUUGUUUGUAAAGUUUAUUAGACAAAAAGAUAAUGGGUUGGCGUGGGAUUGCAAAUUUAUUUUCUUUUUUUCUUUUUUGUUAUGUAGAAUGAAUUUUUAUUUUGCUGA